AUGAGCACGGAUCUGGAGUGCGUUUCACUCAACACGACGGUGAACUCAACCGGCUCGGCCGGCCGCGGCCUUUCCACCAACGUGCGCAAACUGCACAACGCACUGAACCUGCUGCUAAGCGACCUGGAGAGAGAGCAGUUCAUCCACUGUCUCAAUGUCUACCACUCCAAACGCAACGUCUUCGACCUGGUCCAGACCCUCAAAGUCAUCCUGAACACGCCGAACAAGCGCCAGCUGCUACCCAUGCUGCGCCUAGUCAUCCCGCGCUCCGACCAGCUGCUGUUCGAGCAGUACACGUCGGAGGGACUGUACCUGAAGAACGACAUGCUUCCGUGCGCCGGACCGGAAACGGAAAGCUUUUCCCCGGGCGUUGACACGGAUCACGCGCCGGCCGCCGACACCACGCACCCGGUCAACUCGCAGCCGCUUGUUGCCUCGUCCUCCGCUGCGCGUCCGGACGCGUUCUGCAGCGCGGCGGCGGAGACAUCGGCAUCGGCUCCGUUCAGCCUGCAGGAGCUUUUCGGGGAGAUCCGGCAGGUGACCCUGAAGCGCAGCAGGAGUCAUGAGGGUCUGGGCUUCAGCAUCCGAGGAGGGUCGGAGCACGGAGUUGGCAUCUACGUGUCCCUGGUGGAGCCCGGCUCCUCUGCAGAAAGGGAAGGGCUGAGGGUCGGGGACCAGAUAGUGACGGUGAAUGACAUGGUGUUUGACCGAGUCACACACAUAGAGGCAGUCAAGGUGCUGAAGGGAUGCAAGAAGCUGUCAAUGUCUGUUUGCUCCGUAGGGCGGAUUCCCGGAGGCUACAUCACCAACCACAUAUACAGCUGGGUGGAUCCUCAGGGGCGCAGCAUCUCCCCGCCGUCCGACCCCCUGGAACAGAACCACAGGGCCGACAGUGCCUGUAGAGGCCAUGCCAUGGAGGAGAGGACGGUAAACCUGAAUAUGGAUGAUGGUCGCUCCCUUGGCCUCAUGAUCCGUGGCGGUGCUGAGUACGGUCUGGGUAUCUACAUCACUGGAGUGGACCCCGGCUCUGCUGCUGAUGCUGGGGCCCUCAAGGUGGGAGACCAGAUCCUUGAAGUGAAUGGCCGAAGUUUUGUCACCAUAUCCCACGAUGAAGCUGUUCACAGCCUCAAGGCGGGUCGCCACCUGCUGAUGAGAGUCAGGGAUGUGGGUCGUCUGCCGCACGCCCGCACCAUGGUGGAUGAGACCAAAUGGAUCAGCAGCCCGGCAAUAGCGGAGAGCGCUGCCACCUCCAGCGCUGCUGUCACCACUAAUACCAACGUCAAGGGAAUAACAGGCAGUGCUGCUGUUUGCAACGCCAGACCGUCAUCAGCCAGAGCUCCGACUGCAACAGAAAAGCCGAUGGGAUGCCGGGGUGUUGGCCCGCCCGGUACCCAGGUGUCUCUGGAAGAGCAGGCCUACCUGCUGCUGACAGAGCUGGAAAGGCAGACCAUGGCCUACUACCUGCAGGAGUACCAGGAGGGACACAUAGGAAUGGAGCCCCUGACCAUGGCUCUGUUUGAGCUCUUCAACACUCAUGCCAAGCUGUCCCUCCUGUCUGAGGUGAGGAGUCUGGUGGCUCCUCAGGAUCUUGAGCUUUAUGAUGGGCUGGUGCUUCACCGCGAGAGGGAGGCUCACAAGGCUUGGCAUGGAUGUCUGGGAGUACUACAUCCACAUAGCCACUGCAUCCACCAGACUACCACAGAACACACCAACCCUGCCAAGAAUGACGAUACAGUUGGUGCCAGGAUAGAAAAAGUCCAAGAUGAGAGUCCUCAUGGCUCGGCAGAUGCUGCAUUGGAGGAAGUGCAGUUUUCAGUUGAAUCUCCGCCGCCCUUCACACCACCUCCUCCCCACGGUCCGAGUCGAGCUUCCAGGGAGAGGGAGCUCACCAGGCGGCCUUCUUCUAGGUUUGCCAAGCCCAGUACCAGCCUGGUCUUCACCGGACCCACCAGGCUGCACCAGGACUGCCUCUACAAGUCCCUCAAAUCUCUCCCCACAAGCCAGCAAUCCGCCUCCAUCUGCCGCACCUGUGCUGACAUGGGCCACCAUGCCUCCCUGAACUCCCUCCAUCAUGUCUGCCACAGCUCCCAGCAACCCUCCACCUUGGAACACCACCCUCAUCUCUACACCCACCAACACCAUCCUCACCAACACCCCACCCACCAGAACCGCCCCAGCUCGGGACACCACACCUGCCCCGGCUUCCUGCACCGCUGGGAGCUGUCUGGCCCGCCCAAACCAGAGGCAUCCAUCAAGUUCUCCUCCAGAUCUUUCUCCUAUGAAAAGCCUUCUGUCUCAGCUAAGUCGGCACCCACUUCCAAGACCGUGUCUCCGAGGCUGUCUCCACAUCCGUCCCCUCACCCCUCACCUUGCCCCUCCCCCUGUCCCUCCCUCAUUAUGUCCGCUCCUCCUCCCUGUAGUCCUGAGCCUCCCUGCUCCCCUUCAUUAAACCAGAACGCUCACAUGGCAAACAUGAACAGGCUGUCUGCAGACUCAAGACCGCAGACCCAACAAAGAGCCACUCUGUCCCAGCUGUCAGACAGCGGACAGACUCUGAGUGAGGACAGCGGGGUGGACAUAGCCGAGGCGGGGGGUCUGAGCAAGGAUGGCAGCCCUCGACCUAGCAAGAGCCAGCAGGGCCAUAUGGAGCCCCCAGGGGCCCAUACAAAUACCCUACCGGCCGUGGGUCAGCAGACCUGCUCCCCAGUCCUAAUGCCCGCCACCACCCUGGUACGAGUAGCAAAAAAUGCUAGCACCCUCGGCAUCGCCAUAGAGGGAGGAGCCAACACACGCCAGCCAUUACCACGAAUAGUCACCAUACAGAAGGGUGGCUCGGCCCACAGCUGCGGCCAGUUGAAGGUGGGUCAGGUGAUUCUGGAGGUCAAUGGCAUUUCCCUGAGGGGCCGGGAGCACAGGGAUGCUGCUCGCAUCAUCGCAGAGGCCUUCAAGACCAAAGAGAAGGACUAUAUUGACUUCCUGGUGGCAGAGCCAGAACUCUAG